CUACACACUAAGACUGGUGUUUACAGAAGUUUUUCUCAGUAUAUUUUUUUUAGCUUUAAGUCUUGUCAGAUGAAUAAGAUAUCAAGUAUUAGGUUUACUAGAGACUUCUUAUGAAAUAUUUUGAUAUCUAGCAGACAAGAAAUGUUGAAGAAAGUUGAAACAUAUAAUCAAUAUUAUAAAGGGAAGAUUCGACACCAGGUAACAACAGAAGAGAAAAAUCAUGAACUAGUAAUCAAUGGACCAUUAAGAAUAUAUUGGGGUGUAGGUAACCCUAUUAGAUUAAAACAAUGUGAUGAUACCCCAACAACACCUGUAGCUUCCUGGAGACACAGUUUAUAUUACCCUAAAGAUAGUCCUACAUCUAGACCAAUAGAUAAUCCUAUUAAACCUUUAUCACCCAUUCCAUCAUCACCUACUCCCAAGUCUCCAACACCCAGUGUUCGUGGUUUAGAUGAUAAUUUUCUCACCUCUACAUCUGAUGUAGUUGUUCGGCGUAGAGAUAUACGGAAAUUUAAUACAGUAGCCUACCGAGGUGACAGACCAAAUAAAUGGAAAAGAGCAUCAAUAAAUGGUCAUGUGUAUAAUUAUGAUACUAGUGUAUUUACACCAGUAUUGGGUAGUUGUACAAGUGUAAUGGUCUCUAAUAAUAUGACAACACCAGACUGUAUUAAAGUUUUAUUAGAGAAAUUCAAGGUAGAAAAUCAACCAGAAGAAUAUGUAUUGACAGUUGUCAUGGAAAGUGGAGAAGAGAGAUUAUUGAAAGAAACAGAUUACCCAUUAUUACAUAGAUUAAGUCUAGGACCUGAUGAAAGUCAGGCUAAAAUAUUUAUCAAAGAAACGGGUCAUGUACCAAAAGGUACAUUAGUUGAAAUGCCCAUAAUAGAAACAGAAGAAACUGAAAACUUACCACAUGAGGUUGAACAAUUAUUAAUAUUACCAGAGGCAGCUUUACGUGGUAUUUUAGAUAAAUUUCUUAAUGAUGAAGAAAAGGAUGUCAUGAAAAUAAAACAGAAAUAUCAAAAAGCAAAAGACAUAAUGUUGAAAAGACUUCAAUUGCGAGUUUCUCUUGUAUAGCAGGCGUAAUUUCGUGUCAUUGUGAUUUGUGUCUAUAGAGAAGUUUUAUUGUGGAAUUUGUGAUAAAAAGAUAUUCCAGUGAUAAAAUAGAGACAUUAAUGUAGCUUUAAAUUAUGUUAACUGCUGUAUAAUUUACCAAUGAAAUAAAUGAUAAUAAUUGUGCCAUAUUUG